UUCGUCAAACAUACAAAGGCCUGUCCGAAGACGGAACAAUUUCUAAACUGAUAAAAAAAUAAAAUUAGGCAGCCGUUCAAUGCAAUCAAAAUUUUAGUAUUUUGAACUAAAUUGGCGCAUCAAUUGCCAGUAAGUACCAACAAGUUUUCAGCCUCCUCCCUCAAAAUUUCAUGAAGAAUAUAUAUAAGUUUUCUGUUUCUGAAAUCAUUAUGCUCAGUACAAGCAUAACACUGAAAAAUCAAUUGGAGUCAUUAUUUUUUCACCAAUUAGAUUGCAAAAAGUUUAUCAGACAAAGUUGUAUUCAGCAGCAGCAAAGCUAGCGUAAUAUCUGAAUAUAUUAAGCAAUGGCGCCAUCUAGAAAUCCAUUACAUUUGCUCUUUGAGCAGGUAAGAAAGUUCAACACCAUGCCCAUGAAUGUUGCCCAACCAAAUGACUCGAACCAAUAUAUCAGAAACUUAUGUAAAGAAGGCCAUCUGAAAAAAACCCUACAAAUAUUACAUCUCACGGACAGUCGCCUUAUAAACCCCUUUACAUACGCAUUUUUGUUACACGCCUGCGUAAAACAAAAAGCUUUCGCAGAGGGGAAACAGCUUCACAGUCAUAUGAAUGACCAGGGUUUUGUUCCAAACAUAAUGGUGCAGAGUGCACUAGUGACAAUGUAUGCCAAGUGCGGCGAUGUGGCGGAAGCCCGCGGUAUUUUCGACAACAUGGAUGAACCAGACCCCUGCUCGUGGACUUCCAUGAUUGCAGCUUACUGCAAAUGUGGACUCCCCGAGGAGGCCUUUGUUUUACUAAAUCAAAUGAAGAAAACAGGUGUGAAACCGAGCGAAUAUACAUUUGCCAGCGUCUUGCCGGCCUGCUCCCAAUUGGGGGCUCUAAAGGAGGGUAUAGAAAUUCAUAGUGACAUAAUUAGGAGUGGGUUUCAGUCGGAUAUGUAUGUGCAGAGUGCUCUCGUAGAUAUGUACGUCAAAUGCGGCAGAAUGAAAGAUGCCUGCCGAGUGUUUGACAGAAUGCCUGAACGGGAUGCGGUUUCCUGGAAUUCUAUGAUUGCAGGAUACGCGCAGAAUGGGCACUUGAACAAGGCUGUUUCUCUGUUUGAGAAGAUGCCUGAGCCUCCAGAUGUGAUUACUUGGAAUGCAGUCAUUGCGGGGUAUGUGCAGAACGGGGAUCCGGAAAAGGCCUUGUCAUUGUUCGAUAAAAUGAAGAGAAAGGGUGUGAAACCGGAUAGUACUACAUUUGCCACCAUUCUUCCUGCUUGUGCUAAGUUGGCUGCUCUGGAAUUGGGCACUGAGAUUCACCAGGAUAUAAUUCAGAGUGGGGUUGACUCUGACGUUGUUUUAGAGAGUGCUCUUGUGGACAUGUAUGCGAAAUGUGCGAGUUUAGAUAAGGCGAGGAAAGUUUUUGACAGAAUGCCAGAGAGAAACACCUUUUCAUGGACAUCCAUGGUUGGGGGAUAUGCCAAGAAUGGUCAAGCCAAGGCGGCACUUGAACUCUUUGGACAAAUGCAGCAAUCUGGCGUGAAGCCAAACUAUGUUACCUUUGUUUGUGUUCUGUCUGCAUGCUGUCAUGUGGGCCUGGUGGAGGAGGGCCAGAAAUAUUUUGAUUCCAUGAUUAGAGAUUAUCACAUUAUGCCUGAAAUGCAUAAUUACGCCUGUAUGGUAGAUCUUUUUGGUCGUGCAGGACGCCUUGACGAGGCAUAUGACUUCAUCAAGAAGAUGCCUAUUGAACCUGAUGUUGUUUUGUGGAGGUGUUUGCUUGGCGCCUGCAGAAUACACAUGAAUAUAAUGCUAGCAGAGCGAGUAGCCGAACACCUAUUUAAGGUGGAUCCUAGCAAUGACAUGCCUUAUAUGCUGCUAUCAAACAUAUACGCUGCAGCUGGCAGGUGGCAUGACAAGGAAAAUGUGCAGAGAUUGAUGAAAGACAGAGGCGUAAAAAGGACACCCGGAUGCAGUUGGAUUGAAGUGCAAAAAUACAUGCAUGUGUUUUUAGUAGGAGACACGACACACCCACAAACACAAGAAAUAUAUGAAAAGCUAGCAGAAUUGUCUACUGAGAUGAAAAUGGCAGGAUUUGUUCCCAAUACAAAUUUUGUAUUGCAUGAUGUGGAGGAGGAGCAAAAGGAAAUGUUUCUUUGCUACCAUAGUGAGAAAUUGGCCAUUGCAUUUGGGCUUAUCAAUACACCCCCUGGAACAACUAUUCGGGUUAUCAAGAACAUUAGAGUGUGCGGUGAUUGCCACUCUGGUAUUAAGUUCAUAUCUAAGAUUGUUGCACGAGAGAUUAUAGUGCGGGAUGCCAACCGGUAUCAUCAUUUUAAAGAUGGACAGUGUUCUUGUGGUGAUUAUUGGUAAUGCUUAAGAAAGCAAUAGCAUGCGUACUCGUAAGAUGCCGAAUCUUGUUCAAUAACAAGGGCAAGUCAGUCUAUUUCAUGAAUGCAACAUUUGUAAAUCUAAUUUGUUUUCUCGCUUUAUUGGUCAAAUCAUUGUGUCCAAUAAGACAUAAAUGCCGAAGUCGUUAAGAAGGGAUAUAUGAGAGGGAUAUAACAUCUUCCAAGACAAUUAGUUGGAAGAUCAUCACUAUGAGGCAUACUUGGUUAGCCUUGCAAUUUUGUACUAUUGUUCUUGGUAUCUUUCAUAUCAUACAUUAAUUGCCUGAAGGAAUAAGAGAAAUCAGAUGUUUCAUAGUAGACUAGGAUGAGAAGAUGCAAUUUUCUCACCUAACAAAA